UGUGCCCUCAACCCAGAUGGGUCUCUAAAGGACGCCAAAGACAUCAUUUUUUACAACGAUCUUGAUGAUGCCAUCCCCAUUCCCACUCCAUCCUCCUCUGCCCAGCCACCCACAGAUGCCUUCUCUGUGCUACUGCAGACUGGACACAAACCAGUGCCACUUACUGCAGGUGCUCGAUGCUCCAUUCACACCUCUAAACCUUCUGCGCACCUUCGUGAUUCCGACAACACUUGUUCUUCAACAAGCCGC